GGUGACCUCUGACCCAGAAGUGACCUCUGACUCCGGAGUGGCGCCAAAUACGAAAUGCGGAAGUAAACCGGACGUUGUCAUCAGAGCUAGCAGCAGCUAGCGGAUUGACAACAAAGAUCAGAGGCAGCUGAUUAUUGAUCAUUACUGAUCAGUUUAUUGGCUGGUAUACAGUCGGAGCAGACGGCGGGAAACAGGUCCGGUUUGACUCGGUGGUGACAGGUGAUGAUGUCGGAGGAGCAGACGGAGCAGACGGUGUCUCUGGUGGACGUCCUGGAGGAAGAUGAGGAGUUGGAGGAAGAAGCUUCAGCCGUGUUGGCGGGAAGUGACUCUGAUCACUGCUCAUACCCCCAGGGCUACGUGAAGCGGCAGGCUCUGUACGCCUGUAACACCUGCACACCGAAGGGAGGCGAGGCAGCAGGCGUGUGUUUGGCGUGUUCAUACAAAUGUCACGAAGGUCAUGACCUUUUCGAGCUCUACACCAAAAGGAACUUCCGCUGUGACUGUGGAAACAGGAAGUUCACAGAGCUGCAGUGUAAACUCUUCCCUGACAAAGAGGAGGUCAACAGUCUGAACAAAUACAGCCAUAACUUCUUUGGAGAGUACUGUACCUGCAGCCGGCCCUACCCAGAUCCAGACGACCAGGUGGAGGACGAAAUGAUUCAGUGUGUGGUGUGUGAGGAUUGGCUGCAUGGAAGGCACCUGGGCUGUGUGGUUCCAGACUGUGUGGAGCUGCAGGAGAUGAUUUGUGAGUCUUGUAUGAACAAAAACCCCUUCCUGUGGACCUUCGCCGCUCACCUGGCAGUUCCAGGUGAGUCAGUCGAAGAAGAGGUGAAGGAGGAAACAGCAGGAUCAGACGAGUUGAACAUGAACCUGAAUCAGUCUGAGAAGGUUGAUGAUGUCAUCGAGCCGAGCUGUAAGCGAAGCCGUCGGGAGACGGAGCCGAGCUGCAGACUGAAGGAGCUCGAGGCGGCUGGUCAGAAAAGAGUCCAAUCAGGAGCCGUGUUCUGGCCGUCAGCGUGGCGCUCGAAACUCUGCUCCUGCAGCAGCUGCCAGGAGAGUCUGUCUGAAGCUGGUUUGUCCUUUCUGUUGGACGAGUUGGACACCGUCCUCGCCUAUGAGAACAAAGGCAAGAACAGCGAACAGAGACAGCCGGGUCACGACCCUCUGAUGUCAGCGCUGGACAACCUGAACCGAGUGCAGCAGCUGGAGAUCAUCCACGGAUACAACGAUAUGAAAACUGAGCUGAAGGACUUUCUGCAGAGAUUCGCAGCAGAAGGAAAGGUUGUGACUCCAGAUGAUAUCCGCCAGUUCUUUGAGCAGCAGCAGAGUCGCAAAAGAAGACGAGUCGAUGCCGGACGCUUCUACAGCACCUGAUGACCUUUGACCUUUACAUCUACUGCACCUGAUGACCUCUAAUCUUAUCAUCGUCACCCAAUGACCUUUGACCUUCGGACCUUUUUCCUGACCCCAUGCCUCAGAUUGUCCUCUGACGUUUUUUGUCAAUGACCCAGUAUUUUGGAUUUUCUGGACAUUUUGAAGUUUGAUGUUUAUUUUAAACCUUCUGUUUCAGGGUCAGAGGUCAACAACAUUAAUGUCUGUUAAUGUCGUCUUUGUGUUCACUUUUUAAUGAAAAACAAUAAAAUGUUUGAGAACACGGA